AUGGCGGCCGCGGCGGCUCUAGCCCUCCUCCUGCCGGUCCUCCUCCAGGCGAGCCACGCUCUCGCCACGCCGGCCGGCAACGCGCACCCGGGUUACACAGGCGCGGACACCGGCACCUGCGGUCCGGCGCGCCACGGCCCGGGGCUGGAGGAGUACGGCGGCGGGCACAUCGUGGACAUCACGCACGCGUACCGGCCGGUCAUGCCCGGCGCGACGGUGCAGCCCCUGCUGCGGCUCAAGGAGUCGAUGGAGGAGGGGUCGGACUACAACCUGUCGGAGCUCCGGAUGGAGUGCCACACGGGGACCCACGUCGACGCGCCGGGGCACAUGAACCAGGCGCACUUCGCCGCCGGCCUCGACGUCGACACGCUCGAUCUCGACGUCCUCAACGGUCCCGCGUUACUGGUCGAUGUUCCAAGACACACAAAUAUAACAGCUGAAGCAAUGGAAUCUCUAAAUAUACCCAAAGGUGUUCGCCGAGUUCUCUUCAGGACAUUGAGCACAGACAGGGGGCUCAUGUGGAAGGAUACUACUGACUGGAGUUAUGUUGGGUUUACAGAGGAUGGUGCACAGUGGUUAGUUGACAACACCGACAUCAAGCUGGUCGGGAUUGACUAUAUAUCAGUUGCUUCGUUUGAUCACUUGAUCUCCGCCCAUGUGGCCUUUUUCAGAAAUGCCGAUAUCAUCCUGGUCGAAUCCCUGAAACUAGACAACGUCAACACUGGACUGUACAUGCUGCACUGCUUACCUCUAAGACUGGUUGGGGCGGAGGGUUCACCAAUCAGGUGCAUUCUUAUCAAGUGAUCACUUCGCUGCUGCAACCUAUAUUCCCCGCUGCUGUUACAUACUGGCUAACGUUACGGUGCAUGCUCCAUCUCUGUAAAACAAAGGCUGUAUAUCGUGUAGGAGUAAAUAUGUUUUUCAGGUAAAUAUGUUUGUACUGUCGAUGAAGUAUCUCAAUCGGCAAAAAAAUAUGUUUAAAGUGUAAAUGGGAGUGUGCUUGCUCUGCCGUUGUUGAGCUGCAACCCUCACUGAACCUUUUGUUCA